AUGAGUAUCUAAAGACCAAAAGGAUUUUUAUAAUUUACACCUUUUAUAAAAGAAGAUGAUGAAUCUGAAGAAAUAACAUUUAUAAAUGAAAGUAAUAGCUAAAAUAUAGAAAACAUUUGUAAAUACUAUUUACCUUUUUACGAAAUUCAUGACGAGGAAGAUCCUGUAAUUGUAUGUCCUGAACUGGUAAAAAGUUCGGAAAAAAAUGAAUUUUCUGCCCUUGACUGGCCUUAAUUUUUCGGUAUUUCGAGAGUUGGACCUAACUAAUAUAUAAUGACUGGUGGAGUGCAAAUGAAAACUGACUAUUAUCCUUUUUUAAAUGAGAAAUUCAACGCAUAGAAAAAAGCAAAUGAAGAAAUUGAAUAAUUAAAUAAUUAUAAAAACUUAAUAAAUUAAUAUUUAGAAAAUAAAUAAGAUAAUGAAUCUUCAAAAUAAUAAGUUUUAAGAUUAGAAUCUGAAUUAUCAAAAAAAUACCCAAAUGUUAAUUUUAAAAGCAUAGAGGAAGCAAAAAAAAGCCUUUAAACUGAAAAAAAAAAUAUCUAAAAUUCCAUAAAAAUCUUAAAAAGUAAAACUGAAAACCAUAAAAUUUAAAUCGAUAAAAGAUAUUGCGACUAAGCUGGUAUUUGUUUUGAUGAAUAGGAACUUAAUAAAGAAAAAUAAACAGAAGAAAUCAAAGAAGGAAAUGAAGAAAAUAAAGAGCAAUCAGAAAAAGAACUUUUCCUCAAAGAUUCUCCUUAUCUUGCUAGUACUAUUUAAAUUAAUAUUUAAUUAGAUGAAGAGUCUGAACAAUAUGAAUUUAAUGCUAUUUAUCUUCAAAGUAUGCCUAUUAGUCGUUCACAUCAUCAAUCAGUAUUCCAUAAUAAUAUUCUUUAUGUAAUUGGAGGAGUUUCUAAUCAUAAUAUUAUAAAUGAUUGUUCUUCUUUUGAUUUAUAAAAUAACUAAUGGAUUUAACUUCCUUCUAUGAAUAUUCCAAGAAGUGACUUUUCAGCUGUUUCACAUGGAAAAUUUAUUUAUGUUUAUGGAGGAUUUUCUAAAAUGUUUACUGAAAAUUAUAAUGAAUUAAGCUUUGAAAAAUAUAAUCCUGAAGGCGAAUUAUGGGAAUAAAUUGAAGUUAAAAAAAGCUUAGAUAAGACGAAAAUAACAAGAGCAGGAAGUCUAAUUUCUAUAAAUGAAUAAAUUUAUUUAUUUGGAGGUAUUUAUUUAUAAGAUAAUAUUGACAAUAAGUAGAUUUUAUCGUCUGAAGAUUUACCUAAAUCUGCUAUUAUAAAAUUAAACAUUGACGAUUCUACUAAUAUUUGUAAGUAUAAGGAAAUAAAAGAUUUAAAAGUAGUCUAAAGAUAUGGAUAAGUCAUAGGAAAAAACAAAUAUUAGAACGAUGAUUGCUUAUUUGUUUUUGGAGGUAGCCCCUAUUAAGUUUUGGAAUGCUUUAAAAUCGAAAAAGAAGCUAAUAAACCAGAAUUAACUAGAGCUUUUGUUAAUGAUUAUACAGAAGAAUUGUAAGAGUAUUAUAGUUUUAUUUAGCCUACUCUAUAUGUAGAUUGAAGAAAUUAUAUUAUAAGUCAAUUUUUUUUAUUUAAAAAAAUUUAUUUAAAAUUAAAUAUCAAAUUAUUCAAAAAAUAUUGUUAAAACUUUUAAUUUAAUAAAAAAAUAAAAAAAAAUUAAUUAUUAUAUAAUACAUUUUUUAUUUUAAUAAAUUAUUUAUAAAAAAAAGUAUAACAAUUUGAUUUAAAUUCUGAUUAUAUU